AUGAACAGUAAAAGUAUAAAUUUAAAAAAGAGAAUCAGAGAUGAAUAUAACCAAAAUCAUGGAGAUGCUCUACUUACUUCACAAAAUAAUAUUAUUAAAUUUGAUUCAAAAAAAAAAGAAUGUAUAAAUGAAGGAGACUGUAUCCCAAUCGAAUACUAUGAAAAUGAUAUUAGCAACAACGAUUUUAAAAAUAAAAUAAUAAUUAUUCCGUUCUGUAAUGAAUUUUAUUCAUCAUUCAAUAAUUUAAAAAAGAUAAUUCAAAAGAAUGGAUGCGAAAUAACAAGAAUAUGCAAUUUUAAUAGCAAUAAUUUAAAAAACCAUAUCAUCAUUUUACCAAAUUACAACAUUAACAAUAAUAUAUUUUUCAAUUUAAAUUCAAAUAAUAAAGUUUAUAUAGAAUCGAAUUUCAUCAAAAAAUACCAUAAUUUUUUAAUUUAA